AUUUUGAUUCUGAGUUUGCUCUUGCCUUUUCCGUUGAGAAAAAAAGGAAAAAUGAGGGAGGGCUCAUGAAUAGCAAAAAAAUAUCGGCAUUGAUGAUAGAAAAUUCUCGAUUCUAGGGUUUCAACCUUCAAUCUUUCAUUCGUUUGCGAUGACAGCGGGAUGAUCUUUUACAGAGCCGUCCGGUACCUGAUCUGCAUGUUCCUUUCUCAAUUCUCAGAAUUGCUGCCGAAUUUUGCCUGUAUCAAUCUGGCUAUCAUAUUCAUUCAUAAGGUAUGGUGAAGGGACACCUUAAUUUUGCAACACCAUCAUCAACAGAAUUUCUGAAGAGAGAUAUCACAAUUCCUGCCAAUGGGUGCUCCUAAGCAGAAGUGGACUGCAGAAGAAGAAGCUGCCCUUAAAGCUGGAGUGGCCAAGUAUGGGGCAGGCAAGUGGAGUACAAUACUUAAAGACCCAGAAUUUGGUGAUGUCUUGUGUUUACGUUCAAAUGUGGAUCUCAAGGACAAAUGGAGAAACAUAAAUGUGGCGGCAAAUGGAUGGGGCUCUAGGCAUAGGGUGAAGGUUGCCUUUACACUGAGAAACAAUCAGCAUAUUGCGAAGCAUGAUGAUGUGGCACGUAAAAUUGAUGGUCAAACUGGCGCAGGCAUUACUGAUCCUCAGCCGCUUGCAGUUUCUAGUGGAAUACCACAAAUUGCUUUUCCUAAGAAACCCUUUUCAAGGCUGGACAAUCUCAUAGUGGAAGCUAUAGGCAAACUGAAGGAGCCUUGUGGGUCUACCCGAGCUGCAAUUGGAAUGUACAUAGAGGAGCAAUACUUGGCCCCACCAGACCUGGGAAAGCUGCUGGGAGCAGCCUUAAAGCUUUUGAUCAAAAAAGGAAAAUUAAUUAAGGAAAAAAAUCAUUAUAAGAUCCCCCCAGACCCAAAAAACUUAUAUGUGAAUGGAGACCCUUCCCCGAUAACCCCAGAGGGAAAGCUGAAAACAGAUCGACUAGUGCAGACGAAGGAAAUUAAAAUUCCCACCAAAGCUGAGAUUGAUGCAGAGUUAGAGAAGAUGAAGAGCAUGACUGCACAAGAGGCUGUUCUUGCUGCUGCACAAGCAGUUGCUGAGGCAGAAGCUGCCAUUGCAGAGGCUGAAGCGGCAGCAAAGGAUGCAGAGCAAGCUGAAGAAGAAGCAGAAGCAGCACAAGCUUUUGCUGAAGCAGCAAUGAAAGCAUAUAAAAAUAGAGCAAUUUAUUCCUGAUUAUUCCCUGAGGCCGAAUCCUGAAAUUAUAUUAAAAUCAUAUUACCAGCAAAAAGGUUGAUGUCAACUCUAGUGAAGACUUUGCAGAGCUUUAUCAGAGAUUGCAGUUAUAUAUUCUAGUAAAAAGUUACAAAUGGAAAAAAUAUACAAGUGGUCAUCUUGAAUUGAACAUGAACAUAGAAUGGAACAAUGGUUUGACAGUUGUGCUUUGGAACAACUUUUAUUGUAAAUAUGGGUUGGCUAGUAAAUAUGGGGCAAGUUUGGAAUUGGAUCUAUAGACAAUAGUUGCAAGUUUUAACCUUUUAGUUGCAGAGAAAAUGCUAGCUGAAGACAUGUAAAUAGAAAAUUUUCAGAUGUUGAGAUGCAUUAUUGCAUUCGUCAUUCACCUGUAAUUUUGUCCAGGAAAAUAAUGCUGUUGCAUA